AUGCUCCGAAGAUCCGGUUUUCAAAAGAAAAACGAAUACACGGCUUCUGUCCUCGGCGCCAAACUCCGCAGCCGAGCCUCGGCAUCAGCGUUUGGGGCCCGGGAUACUGGUAACACCGCAAGCCUAUUACUUGGGAGGAAGGUCCCAGCGACGUCCGUGGGCUUCCCUUCCGAGCGAGCAGCGGCAUCUCGGGCGGGGAGCCGCGCUGGGCUUGGGACUCCCCCGCCGUCCUUGGGCAGCGCGCCGCGUCCUGAAAGCGAGCGCGGCUCGUCUCGCCUAGGCAGCGCCUCGCGUCACCCGUCGCUUUCACUGCGCUCCGCUCCCCCCCUCCCCGGCACCCCCCCCCAUAGGCGCUUAACUUGCGGCAAGCCCCGUCGAGGCAGAGGCGGGGCGGCUCAGACGAACGGGCGUGCGCUCCUGUCUGGUGGCGCCUCGCCGCCCCGUCUGGCCACGCCGCCCCUCGACUGGUUGCUGGAGGAGCCCCUCCUCCCGCGCUCAGCCAGCCCUGGGCCCCGGGCCGGGAGGCCGGGCAGAGAUUUGGGCGCUAUAAGGCGCGAGCGCGAGCGCCGAGGCAGCCCCCUCGGGAAGCCGACGAGGGGCGGGGACCGCGGGCCACCUGCGCUGCGCCGCCGCCGCCCGGCGAUGAGCGCCAGCGAGCUGCUGCCGCCGCCGCCUCGGCCCGCGCACUCGGCUCCCCGCUCGCCCCCGACGGCUGCCGCCAGCCCUUUGGCGCCUUGGCCGUGCGGCAGCGCCCGCGAGGCGCCCGCCAUGGCCGUCUACUGCAGCGAGGCCUUCAGCGUCUACCCGCCGCCCGCCGCAUCCGCGGGCGCAGCGGGGCAGAGACCUUCCGCCGCCGCUUACGCGCUGGGCGACUACGGCGCGCCGCCGGGGGCCGCCGGCUACCUGUGGGGCGUGAGCGGCGCGGGGCCCUACGUGCCGAAUGGCGGCGGCGGCGGCGGCGGGGGGCCCGGGGCUCCGGGCGCGCCUUUCCUGCCCUACGGCUGCCCGCCGCGGGGCGUCGGGGGCCCGCCGCUCUUGGGGGCGUCGGCCGGCUGCGGCGGCGGCGGCGGCUCCUCGUCGGAGCUGGGCUGGCUGAGCCUGGCGAGCCAGGAGGAGCUGCUGCGCCUGGUGCGCCCGCCCUACUCCUACUCGGCGCUCAUCGCCAUGGCCAUCCAGAGCGCGCCGGAGCGCAAGCUGACGCUCAGCCACAUCUACCAGUACGUGGCGGAGAACUUCCCCUUCUACAAGCGCAGCAAGGCCGGCUGGCAGAACUCCAUCCGCCACAACCUCAGCCUCAACGACUGCUUCCGCAAGGUGCCCCGCGACGAGGACGACCCCGGAAAGGGGAACUACUGGACACUGGACCCAAACUGUGAGAAAAUGUUUGACAACGGGAAUUUCCGUCGCAAGCGCAAGAGGCGUUCUGACCCCACCGCCUCGUCUGUGGCGUCCACCGUUUCUGCCUUGGGAACUCUGAAGACUGAGGAAGGGCACCUCAACUCUUUGGUGCCGGGAAAGCCAUGUGGCGAAAGUCCCUCCUCUGAGCUGGAGUCCAUGGCCUCGUUGAGGGACCAUUCAAAGAGUGCCUCUCCGCCGGGAAUGGUCUCACCCGCCUCCAGCUGCCUCAGCACCUUUUUCAGUGGCAUGAACUCACUGAGCAACGGGGGGCGCCUCAGCAGCGAGCUGCACCACAGGAAUCUCCCUGCUGGGAGCAGCUUCACCCAGGAAGUUCCUCCUGUCGAGACGCUGCAGCGCGUUUCAGGGCCUGCCGGCGCCUAUUACAGCCCGUUCCAUCCUGGCAGUGGUGGCCAGCCAGGCCAGUACAACCACUUAUACAACUUCACAGUCAACAGCCUUAUCUACGCCCGGGAAGGCACUGAAGUGUAG